CAACCACCCUACGGAUAAUUUAACUCUGUUAAUCUUCUUCGCCAACCACCCUACGGUGCCAACAGAUCCAGAUCCAAAUAUGCCUUCACUUAUUGUGGUCCCUUUAUUUCAACACACACCCUCCCUUUCUCCCCUCUCUCUCUUCGCACUGCCGCACCAGAUCCAGAACCCACAUGUCCUCUGCCUCGACAACGCCGGCAAGCUUCAUUGCGAGCUCGACAUUCCCGCGGCUGCUCCAUCGCGACCUCGAAUUUCCCAUGGUUGCUUCCUCCAAGGAAGAACAAUGCAUAAGGUUGAUGGAGGAUCUGAGUCAAAGGACAUAAAUAUGUUCUGUUAGGCUAUAAAUUUGUUGAGAAAGAGGGGGAAAGGGAGCCUUGGCUGGGUUGUGGAGGAUAGGGGGUUGUUGCCGCUGGGUGGUGGUCGGGUGCUGGGUGGCUGUUGCAGUUCGAUGCGAGGGCGCUGAGAUUUUAUUCUUUUACUUCAAUUUCUUUAAUCAAACAUGUAUUUUAAUAUAUUUUAUAUUUUUUUAAAGGGCUGAAGAGAGUUAACAAAGUCUUUGUUUUUUUGUUUUUUUUGUCAGGGAGUUAAAUUAGUGUUGACUUGUGUGCCACAUGUCUCGGUUAUUUAGUCCUAAAAGAUGUUCCACGUGUUUAGUGAAGUAGUUGUACAUAUUUAAAAUACGGGUUUAAAGCCGGAGACUUCAAGAGCAAUUUAGACCGGGAGGCUGAUUUGCUAGUGAGCUUAGCCAGGAUUUUCAACUUCACUCAAACACGACAUGGGGGAGGUUUUCUGGGCCGUAUUCUGCAAUAAUUCUGAGUGUUCAACUAAGGCUGGAAAUGCAUGCAGUUCUGGCCUUUUAGGCAUUAUCAAUCCAGAUUCAUGUAUCAACCAUAUUUUGAUCAUUGCAGCUGAUAUAUUGCUUCUAUUCAUCUUGUUAUGCAUCUUCAUAUGUAAAAUAUCAUCAAACAAGAUUAAAGAUCCAUCAGUGUCUCAAAGCUUCUCUACAGUGUCAAUAAUCUCGGUCAUUUUCAAUGCUGGUUUGGCUUUGGCCUACUUUGGUUUUGGGAUAUGGACAAUCAUUGAGAAAGUAAAUACAUGUCAGACUGUCUUACCUCUCCAUGGAUGGCUAGUAUUGUUAAUUCAAGGGUUCACAUGGUUGCUUCUGGCUUUUACCAUAAGCCUAAAGAAGACACAUAAUCCACACCUUGUGAUAACGAAAGUUUGUUCAGUUAUUGCCUUGUUGAUUGCAGUAGUUCUUUGCAGUUCAUCGCUUUGGGAAACUAUUGUGGAUGAGACAGUCUCGUUUAAGAUUGCUCUAAACAUAUUUUAUUUCCCUGGAUCAAUUCUUUUUCUCUUUAGUGCAUUUCAGGGAAGUAAUUAUUCAAAAGGUGAACCAGCAACUCAUGAUGAUGCUUUCUACACACUUUUACUAGGUGCGGAUUCUGAUAACAUGGGUGACCUCAGUUCAAAUAACAAUGUAACUCCUUUUGCAAAAGCAGGAUUAUUUAGCAGAAUGUCAUUUUGGUGGUUGAAUCCAUUAAUGAAGACAGGUAAGCAGAAGACUCUUGAGGAUGUAGAUAUUCCACUAUUGCGACAGGCUGAUCAUGCAAGAACAUGGUACUUACUAUUUAUGGAGCAAUUGAACAAAGGGAAGGAAGGUGGUUCAUCUGAUACCCCUUCUAUCCCGUCCAUAAUUUUUUAUUGCCAGAGGAGAGAAAUUUUGAUUUCUGGGUUAUUCGCACUGAUCAAGACUCUGGCAGUGACAAGCAGUCCACUGUUUCUCAUGGCCUUCAUUAAGAUUGUUGAAGGCAAUGCAGCUUUUAAAUAUGAGGGUUAUGCACUGACUCUUGCUCUCUUCAUUGUGAAAAUCUUGGAAUCACUGUCGGAGAGGCAGUGGUACUUCAAAACUAGACUGAUGGGGCUCCAAGUGAGAUCAUUGAUGUCAGCAGCAAUAUAUCGGAAGCAACUGCGACUAGCAAAUUCAGCCAAGAUGGCUCAUUCUCCUGGUGAGAUAGUGAAUUAUGUCACAGUGGAUGCUUACAGAAUUGGUGAAUUUCCAUACUGGUUUCAUCAGAUGUGGACCACAAGCCUUCAGCUGUGUCUUUCAUUAGUUAUUGUUUACUUCUCUGUGGGGCUUGCAACCGUUGCAUCUCUAACUGUACUCAUAUUGAGUGUGGUGGCAAGCUCACCCUUGGCCAAGUUGCGGCAUGAGUAUCAAACAAAGCUCAUGGUAGCACAAAAUAGGAGGCUGAAGGCCAUUGCAGAAGCACUUUCAAAUAUGAAGAUCUUGAAGCUGUAUUCUUGGGAGACAAAUUUUAAGAAUGUCAUAGAAGGGUUAAGAGCAGAAGAACUAAAAUUAAUAUUUCAAGCAUUGUCUCUUAGGGGAUGUCAUUUGACUAUUUUCUGGUCAUCUCCUACUUUGGUUUCAACUGUUACCUUUUGGACAUGCUACUUCCUUGGAUUUACACUCACUGCUAGUAAUGUUUUCACAUUUCUAGCAACUUUGCGUAAUGUUCAGGAGCCAAUUAGGAUUAUUUCAGAUGUUUUUGGAGCAUUUAUUGAAGCAAAGGUUUCAUUAUCUAGGAUUGUGAACUUCCUUGAUGCGCCAGAGCUGGAACACAGACAGACAACAAAAGAGAGCAGUGGUGAAGAGGUUGAGCAUUCCAUUUUCCUUAGAUCGUCCGAAAUUUCAUGGAAUACUAGUGGUACAAAGGCUACAUUAAGGAACAUUAAUUUGCUGGUUAAACCAGGAGAAAAAGUAGCUAUUUGUGGAGAGGUUGGUUCAGGCAAAUCAACCCUUUUAGCUGCAAUUCUUGGAGAAGUUCCACGCGUCAAUGGCAUUGUUCAAGUAUAUGGGAAGAUAGCAUAUGUUUCUCAGUCUGCAUGGAUCCAAACAGGAAAUAUACAAGAAAAUAUUCUGUUUGGGUCGGUUAUGGAUCGUGUUAGAUACCAAGAAACACUUGAGAAGUGUUCUCUCGUGAAGGACCUUGAGAUGCUUCCAUACCGCGAUCUCACUCAGAUAGGAGAAAGAGGUGUGAAUCUAAGUGGUGGACAGAGGCAGCGGAUUCAACUUGCCCGCGCACUCUAUCAAAAUGCUGACGUCUACCUCUUGGAUGACCCAUUCAGUGCAGUAGAUGCCCAUACAGCAACCAGUCUGUUCAACGAAUAUGUCAUGGGAGCUCUGUCAGAGAAGACAGUUUUGCUUGUAACACACCAAGUAGACUUCCUUCCAGCUUUUAAUGAAAUUUUGAUGAUGUCUUCAGGGAAAAUUUUAAGAGCAGCUUCUUAUAAAGAGUUGCUGGCUUCUUCUCAAGAGUUCCAAGACCUUGUCAAUGCACACAAUGACACUGCUGGUUGUGGGAAGCAAAAAGAACCCACCAGAAAACAGAAUUCAUCCACACAGGAGAUUGAGAAGGUUAAAACUGAGGUACAACAAACCGAAUCUUCAGGAGAUCAACUGAUUAAGCAAGAAGAGAGAGAAACAGGAGACACUGGUUUGAAGCCAUACAUUCAGUAUUUGAUGCAUAGCAAGGGAUUUUUGUACUUCUUCUUGACCAGCUUUUUUCAUUUGAUAUUCAUAGUGGGGCAAUUAGUUCAAUCUUACUGGUUGGCUUCCAAGCUUCAAGUGUUAUCCAGAGUCAAGCUCUUUGCUGUUUAUUCUUGGAUCACAUGUAUAAUGUCAUUCUCCUUGGUUCUUCGAUUCUUCUUUAUAGUCGAGUUAGGAUGCGGGGCAUCCAAAUCCAUCUUUGAUACACUACUGAACUCUCUUUUCCGAGCACCAAUGCUGUUUUAUGACUCAACACCCGUGGGAAGGAUACUUAGCCGGGUAUCUACUGAUAUGAAUAUUGUCGACCUUGAAGUAGCAUUCAAGUUAGGAAUUUAUGUUGGGGGAACUAUGAUCACAUACAGCAUAUUUGUCGUACUGGUUUCUGUUACUUGGCCAAUUGUGUUUCUAAUCAUUCCCACAAUUUAUGUUACUGUACUACUUCAGAAAUACUACUUUGCUUCUGCGAAAGAGUUAAUGCGAAUGAAUGGCACGACCAAGUCUGCACUUGCAAGCUACCUUGCCGAAUCUAUUGCUGGAGCCUUGACAAUCAGAGCUUUCGGAGAGCAGGAUCGAUUCUUCUCAAAAUACUUGGACUUCAUUGAUGCAAAUGCUAGUGCUGACUUCAAUAGAUUUUCAGCAAGUGAGUGGUUGAUCGAACGUCUUGAAUGGCUAUGUGCUAUUGUUCUCUCAGCCUCAGCACUUGCCAUCACUUUGAUUCAGUUUGACGCUUCUUCCUCUGGUUUUAUUGGGAUGGCACUGUCAUAUGGUCUCUCAUUAAAUGUAUUCCUAGUCAUUUCUGUCCAAUUUCAAUGCAUGCUGGAAAAUUCAAUGAUUUCUGUAGAAAGGGUAGAGCAAUACAUGCAUAUCCCCAGUGAGGCUCCAGAAGUAAUAGAAGAAAACCGGCCUGCCCACAAUUGGCCAACUGUUGGGAAAGUGGAAAUACAUGACUUACAGGUAAGAUAUAGGCCAAAUUCUCCACUAGUUCUUCGCGGAAUAAAUUGCAUAAUUGAAGGAGGGUACAAAAUUGGUAUUGUUGGCCGGACUGGAAGUGGAAAGACAACUCUUAUCAGCGUUUUGUUUCGUCUGGUAGAACCUACAGAGGGAAGGGUCAUUGUAGAUGACUAUGACAUUUGUAAAAUUGGACUUCAUGAUUUAAGAUCACGUCUCGGGAUCAUCCCACAAGAUCCAACACUAUUCAGUGGAUCUGUGAGAUUCAACCUAGACCCCUUAUCAGUGCAUACUGAUCAUGAAAUAUGGGAGGUUCUUGAGAAAUGUCAGCUGCGAGAGGCCAUUGAAGAAACAGAAGAGGGCCUUGAUUCUUUAGUUGUACAAGAUGGAACAAACUGGAGCAUGGGACAGCGGCAACUAUUUUGUUUGGGACGCGCUUUGUUGAAGAGGAGCCGGAUACUAGUGCUCGAUGAAGCUACUGCAUCAAUGGACAAUGCAACAGAUUCUGUUCUCCAGAAGACUAUAAGAACAGAAUUUGCAGACUGCACUGUAAUAACAGUGGCCCAUAGGAUACCAACUGUGAUGGACUGCACUAAGGUGCUUGCUAUUAGUGAUGGGAAAUUAGUAGAGUAUGAUGAGCCAAUGAAGCUGAUGAAUAAUGAGGGCUCACUAUUUGGGCAGCUUGUUAAGGAAUACUGGUCUCGAGCUGCCAAUGCUAGCAUCCCCUCUGACGAUUGAUAUAUAGGGAAAGGUAUUCUAUAUAUUUGUAAUAAUCUCUGAGAAUAACUUAGCAGGCAAGGUAAACUGGGGUGUUCUUGAAUAUGUAGCACAGUCUGCCUGUUUAGAGCCAAUUAGCUUUAAAUGCACAGUCUGCCUCGAAAAUAUGAGAUAUUUUAGAAAGGAACAUAUGGUUCUUUCAGGUUGUGAACAAUGUGAAGUCCUGACUUCAAAAAAGGUACCUGAUCCACAACUGGCUGAUGGUCGACUUUAUGAAAGCUGAGCUUUUUUCAUCUUGCAUUAGUGCUCUGGUUGUGUGUGGUAGAUGUGACUCUGAAUUGUUGCAUUUUUUAGAUUUCUAAAGCCAUUAAAUCAUAAUUACAAUGGUGUAUGUUUUUUCUUCUAGCUAUUGGUAAUAUAUUUCCUGGGUUUGAUUU